GCUUGGAAGAUUGACUGAUGGAACCAGUUAUAAUGUUUCGAUUGAUGCUGCUGAUUCUCUUCGUUCUAAUAAGAGAAUUUGUUCAUUACAGUGAUGCACAGGUGAUGCGUUGCUUAGAGUCUGACAGAGAAGCUCUUGUUGAGUUAAAAAAUGGUCUUAAUGACCCUGAAAAGCGACUUUCAUCGUGGAAGGGAAGCAACUGCUGUGAAUGGCCGGGAAUAAGCUGUGAUAACAGUAGUGGAGCUGUUAUUGCAGUUGAUCUUCAUAAUCCAUAUCCAAAUGGUUUAUAUUCUUCUGGCAGGUAUGUAUUCUUGAACAUCAGUGGGGAAAUUACACCUUCACUGACAAAACUGGAGUCCUUGAAACAUUUGGACUUGAGUUUUAACACAUUCAAUGGCAACCCAAUUCCUGAAUUUUUUGGAUAUUUGAAAAAUUUGCAAUAUUUAAACCUCUCACAUGCUGGGUUUAGUGGCGCAGUUCCUCAAAAAUUUGGAAACCUGUCUAGGUUGCAGUAUCUUGAUGUGGAGUCUUUGAGUUUACAAGUUCAUAAUCUUGAAUGGGUAACAGGUCUUGUCUCUCUGAAGCAUCUUGUGAUGAACAAAGUUAAUCUUUCAAUGUUAGGAUCAGACUGGAUUAGGACACUAAACAAGCUCCCAACAUUAACUGAGUUGCAUCUAUCUUCCUGUAACUUACCAGGUCCGAUUCCUCCUCUUACCUUUGUUAACUUAACUUCACUUGUUCAUCUUGAUCUUAGUUCAAACAACAUGUAUUCAAAAAUACCUGAUUGGUUUGUCAACAUUUCCAGCCUUGUAACUUUAAAAAUGUCCGCCAACAAGUUGUUUGGAAGAAUCCCACUUGGUUUUAGUGAUCUGCCAAAUUUGCAGUUUUUGCAUCUUGACCAAAAUUACAAUCUUACAGCAAGUUGCUAUCAAUUUUUUAGGGGAAGAUGGGAGAAGCUGCAAGAUCUCUAUUUAAGUUUCAAUAAACUACAUGGAGAACUUCCAGCUUCGAUUGGAAACAUGACAUUUCUCACUCACCUAAGUCUUUUUGCCAAUAAUGUUAAGGGUGGGAUUCCAAGCUCUAUUGGAAAACUUUGCAACCUGGUCUCUUUAGAUAUAGGAAGAAAUAACUUGACCGGAACUUUGCCUGAAUUCCUUGAAGGAACAGAAAGUUGCCUUUCUAGGAGGCCCCUGCCUAGUCUGCAAGUGUUGGUAUUGUCAAACAAUCACUUGGUAGGUAAAUUGCCAGAAUGGCUAGGUCAGCUCGAGAAUCUUGUUCAUCUUGAAUUGUCCAAUAACUCUGUAUAUGGUCCCAUCCCAGACUCUCUAGGAUUACUUGAAAAUGUUUCUCAACUGUGGCUAGGAAACAAUGAACUAAACGGGACCCUACCAGAAAGUUUGGGACAACUUUCUAAGUUGUUAUAUUUGGAUGUUUCAUCCAAUCAUUUGGCGGGUAUGAUUAGUGAAACACAUUUUUUAAAGCAUGAUAUGCUGAUGUUUCUACACUUGUCUUCAAACUCUUUUACCUUUAAUGUCAGUUCCAAUUGGGCUCCCCCAUUCCAAGUCUGGUAUCUUUAUAUGGGUUCGUGCAAUUUGGGUCCUUCAUUUCCUGCUUGGCUGAAGUCACAAAAAGAACUCAUAGAUUUGGAUAUCUCAAAUACUAGCCUUUCUGGCUCCAUACCUUACUGGUUUUGGGAACUUUCCUCUACCAUAUCAACAUUGAAUGUUUCCCAUAAUCAACUAGAAGGUCAGCUACCAAGUCCAUUAAAAUUUACUUCACGUGCAGUGGUUUCUUUUCGCUCCAACCUCUUCAAUGGGUCCAUUCCUAUUCCAAAUGGCAGCAUUGAGUUACUUGAUCUAUCCAAAAAUAAAUUUUCUGGUAACAUUCCGAAUAACAUAAGUGGUUCCUUGCUUUUCCUCUCCCUUUCUGACAACCACAUAAGUGGAGAAAUCCCAGCUUCUAUUGGUAGCAAUCCUAAUCUUGAAGUCCUUGAUCUUUCCAAAAACAGCUUAACAGGAAUUAUUCCAUUAAGCAUUGCAAAUUGUUCUUUCCUGAAGGUAUUAGACCUUAGUAAAAACAAUUUAUCUGGGAAUAUUCCUGCCUCCUUGGGUCAUCUAAGUAUGCUUCAAACCUUGCACCUAAGUCACAACAAAUUCUCAGGAGAGCUUCCAUCAUCUUUCCAGAACUUAUCGAGUUUGGAGACACUGGAUCUUGGAAGCAACAGAUUAUCGGGCAGAAUUCCACCAUGGAUUGGAGAUGGUUUUGGAAGUCUAAGGAUUCUUAGCUUGAGAUCCAAUGCAUUUUCCGGAGAGCUUCCAGCUGUGUUAUCCACUAUAAGUUCAUUACAAGUCCUGGACCUAGCAGAUAAUCAGUUGAACGGCAGCAUUCCUGCUAGCUUUGGAGAUUUCAAAGCCAUGUCACAAGUCCAAAACAUUCAAGAUUAUCUAGUCUAUGGGAAGUACAUGGGCACAUAUUAUGAAGAAAGCUAUGUUCUGACAAUGAAAGACCACUCUCGGAUGUUCAGCAAGUCCCUCUCCCUCGUUGUAGCCUUAGAUGUCUCGGAAAAUAAUUUGAGUGGUGAUCUCCCAGAAGAGUUAACAAAAUUGCUAGGCUUGGUGUCUCUGAACUUGUCCAGAAACCAUAUAAGUGGACAUGUGCCCGAGAGCAUUUCGAAGUUGAAGGUAUUGGAAUCGCUUGAUCUCUCAAAUAAUAGAUUCUCUGGUGCUAUUCCUGAAAGCUUGAAAUCACUCUCAUUUCUGGGGUAUCUGAAUUUGUCAAACAAUGACUUAUCUGGUAGGAUCCCUUAUAAAGAUCACAUGAUAACUUUUGAAGCGUCGUGUUAUGGUGGAAACCAAGGCCUUUGUGGUGCUCCACUUGCUGUAAAAUGUCCUGAUGAUGAAGAUGAUGGUCAAGAUAAGGGAAGGACUACUCCCAAGGCAACUAGCAAUGGUGACAGCUUCAUUGACAAAUGGUUUUACUUGAGUGUUGGAUUGGGAUUUGCUGCAGGAAUUCUAGUUCCUUAUUUGGUAAUGGCAAUGAGAAAAUCUUGGAGUUAUGCCUACUUUUCGUUUGUAGAUGGUGCCGUUGAAAAGAUCCUUUAUCUGUGGUUGAAAUAUAGAACCAUACUGCAGAGGACUGGAGGGCGUCAUCAGUAA